UUGUCUCUUGUUCACCACUUUGCUUCAAGUGUUUCGCUUGUGAAAAGAUAAAUCUUACACAAAACAACCAAGUGAAAAUCAUUCUGGUAAACCGAGGCGAUAAGCCAGCCUCCGUUCACACAUGCGACACAAAUGUGCUGAUUCAGCCAAUCGCUAAGACUGGAGCAUCGUGAGAACCGUGAGUGACAGCCCGGAUGUGACGUCGUCGUCACCGAGAUGCGCAACAUGUGGUUGACGAGAGGCACUGAUUGGUCGGGGCGACAGCAUUGAACGUGUUCCGCAUGGAGUUCUGCGUAGCAGAUUAUUCAUAAACACCAGUCGACGUGUGGAGCAGCAGCACUUAGCAGCUACGACGCACUACUUCCUUUGGCGGAAGAACAUCAUCGUGACAGCUGAAUAACUUCCCUGAUGAGAGAUUUUGUUUGUAGCAUUCAUUUGUGGAGUUAACUGAGCUUAGCUCACAUGUUAAUGGAUAGCUGAAGCUUUAACUGAUCAACAAAUUCAAGAUGGCCUCCAGUUCGUCCAUGAUCUUCACGGAAACGACACCUUUUGGUGUAGACAACACAACAGCGGAAGUGACAUUAAACAUCAGCGAUGAGGAGAAGAGACGAUAUCUGUCCCACCUUGACGACACGAUGUUUCCUAAAAUGAUACCAGCCGUGGUAUAUCUGGCCAUCCUGAUGUUUCUGGGUAUUUUCGGAAACAUCCUGGUGUUGAUUGUGUACCUCAAGAAAUUCAAACCAAGCCCAACACGUGUGUUUGUGGUAUGCCUGGCUGUGUUCGAUCUGAUGACCUGCAUCAUUUCACUCCCAGGAGAGAUCCUGGACAUGAGGUACACCCAUACGUUUAACUAUCCACAUCUGUGUAGAAUUCUACGAUUCAACAAUACAUUCUCCGUGGUGUCCUCGGGAUUCACGCUCAUAGCCGUUGCUAUAGACAGAUACAGGAAGAUAUGUCGACCAUUAAACAAACAGAUCACCAUCAGAGUCGCUCGCAUCAUGGUUGGAAUCGCUGUGUCUGUAUCACUUGUCCUCACCAUCCCAACAGUCAUAGUCAACGGUAAAACCACGGUACUAACGGACAGAGAGGGGAUAACUGGUUUCGACUGUUCCUUUGACGACAUGUGGAGCGAUACUCUGUUUCCCUUGGUCUAUACUGGAGUCUUGUUCCUCGUCUUCUUCGGUUCUCUAAGUGUCCUGGUGAUCGUGUACAUCCUCAUUGGCAGAACUGUCUUUAUUCACCGGAAGUUCAAAUUCCGUCCCGCCUCGGACAACAAAAACCAGUCUCCUCAGAACUCGACGUCCGAAACAGAGUUGUCUUCUGGAGAUGGUAAGGAACGGAAUGGGAAGCGGUACCUCCUCGGCAAUGGGAAGAGCUCAGACCAGGGCAAAGGCACCAGGAUUGCUUGGAUCUCGCCACGAAAAACGACGCCACCUUCCGUCACCGGUUCGAAGUUGAAGGUCGGCGUUGACGGUCCGUCCGAGACAAGUCGUACGAAUCUGAAUGACGACCCCGUGAAACCCAAGACAGCCAUCUUCACCCGUGGAACAGAGCAACCAUCAAAUGGUGUACGGCUGACCAAAUUUGUUAAAUUUAAUGGAAAAGGAAAAAAUAGUGCCCCUAAACCAGAAGAAAGGUCAGGACCGAAAGCGUCGAAGACAACGCUUAUGCUGUUCAUCAUCACCGCUGUGUUCAUCAUCAGCUUCCUACCUCAUCUGAUCCUGAUGAUAACUCGAGGCUUCAAAUCCGACUUCCUUGAAUCUUUACAUGGAGGGGGGAUCAUUGUGUAUAAUGUAUUCCUACGCUCAUACUUCAUGAACAGUGCAGCGAACUGCAUAGUAUACAGUUUUUGCAACGUGAAAUUCAGAAACGAGUGCAAGAAACUUCUCGUCCCUUGUUUAUCGUUGAGAAAAAAAUGACAAAAAACAACCCAUGGCUCUUUUCCUGAAAUUCCGUCCUUUUUGAAAGGAGAUCUUCAGAAAACAUUUAAUAUGUGAUGGAGCAAAUGUAAGACAUUUACUGGCCGCA